GUGCGCGGCUCAGAUGCUGACAGCCUGGCGCACACAAGGGAGGCACAAAGGGACAUAUGGACCAAUCAGAUGCCGCCACGUGGCUGCCAGGACAGGCGCCUGCUGGUUGCGCCUUGGCCUGACGCCUCUCGCUUCUCCCUUGCACGUCAGCUGCACGGAAUGGCGGCGCUGCUCGCCCUCGCCAUGCUCCACAACAGAACCCUCGUGCCGCUUCCAGGAACCUUCCAGCCAGCCAACAACCAGGUGUGCAGAGAGUUCCAGCCAAUGGGCGGCAUGGGCAGCGAUGGUAGCGUGGGCGACUGGGGCUGCUUCUUCUUCCCCAUCGCCUCCCCUCACUGCUCUGCUGACAUCAGCGCUGCUAUGGCAGCCAGUCGCAUGCCGCCAUGUCAAAGCGACACCUCUCAGUUCGAGCAGCUGGCCACGUCAGCAGAUAGGGUGGUGUGUUUGGAUGUGUCUGACGUGGACCAAUCCAGCAGUGCUGCUCUCUCAUCGGUGGAGGCCCGAGUAACCAAAAUCUGGGGAAGGCCGCAUGUGGAGCAGCAGGCACAGAGGGAGUAUCUGGGGGAGGUGCCACCCACAGAUGAUUUCAGACAGCAGGGCACCGCUGGUGGACACCGCUGCAACGUGCACGGCUGGCGGGCAUGGGGUGCCCUGCCCAUUUGCGCGUGCCUGGUUCGUAUUCUGCCUUCCCCCUCGCCUCGCCCCCUCCCUCAGCUGCACUGCUGGCGGGCGCAGGCGGUGCGCUUCAUGCUGAGGUGGCCAUCAGCCCAUCUCUGCCACGUCAUCAACCAACAGAGACACACCGCCUAUGGCAUGCACGUGGCCAAUCACAUUGCUUCCCUCCCAGCCAUCUACGCCUCCAUCCUCCAAUCAGUAGCUGCCACCUCAGCAGGCCCAGCCGCCGCCCAGAACAUCCCCUUGUCAGCUGAAGCAUCAGAUCUUGCAAUGCUAGAUCUGAUUCCGGGAUCAAAUCCCGACUCACAGCCAAGGGCGAGCAGCAUGGGGGUGGGAUUGGAGGCGCGAGUGUGGGGAGCGAGGGGGUUCGACAGGUGCAGUGAGCGGUGCGGAGGGGUGGGGAUGGGCGAGUAUGGUCGAGUAGGAGGGGAGCCGCUGUUUGUGGUGCGACCCAUGGUGGGCGUGGUGAUGGGGGGGAGUGGGGGCACGGGGGUUGGUGGAGGAGGACGAGGGGAGGAAGGAAGAGGAGGAAGAGGUGUGCUGACGUCAUCAGGGAUGGGAGUGGGAGUGCAUGUGAUGGCAGCGAGUGUGCUGCGGCUGAGCGAUGUGGACGUGAGGCACAUGUGGGUCAGCUGGCAUGCGCAGCUGGCAUGCGCAGGUGAGGCACAUGUGGGUCAGCUGGCAUGCGCAGGUGAGGCACAUGUGAGUCAGCUGGCAUGCGCAGGUGAGGCACAUGUGGGUCAGCUGGCAUGCGCAGGUGAGGCACAUGUGGGUCAGCUGGCAUGCGCAGGUGAGGCACAUGUGGGUCAGCUGGCAUGCGCAGGUGAGGCACAUGUGGGUCAGCUGGCAUGCGCAGGUGAGGCACAUGUGGGUCAGCUGGCAUGCGCAGGUGAGGCACAUGUGGGUCAGCUGGCAUGCGCAGGUGAGGCACAUGUGGGUCAGCUGGCAUGCGCAGGUGAGGCACAUGUGGGUCAGCUGGCAUGCGCAGGUGAGGCACAUGUGGGUCAGCUGGCAUGCGCAGGUGAGGCACAUGUGGGUCAGCUGGCAUGCGCAGGUGAGGCACAUGUGGGUCAGCUGGCAUGCGCAGGUGAGGCACAUGUGGGUCAGCUGGCAUGCGCAGGUGAGGCACAUGUGGGUCAGCUGGCAUGCGCAGGUGAGGCACAUGUGGGUCAGCUGGCAUGCGCAGGUGAGGCACAUGUGGGUCAGCUGGCAUGCGCAGGUGAGGCACAUGUGGGUCAGCUGCAUGCGCAGGUGAGGCACAUGUGGGUCAGCUGGCAUGCACAGGUGAGGCACAUGUGGGUCAGCUGGCAUGCGCAGGUGAGGCACAUGUGGGUCAGCUGGCAUGCGCAGGUGAGGCACAUGUGGGUCAGCUGGCAUGCGCAGCUGCCACCGCCCAACACCAUGCACCUACCUGACUGGACCCUCUACAUGCCCUCGCCCUCGCCCCCACCCACCCUCCCCUCCUCGCCAUCCACCCCACACCGCCUCCUCCAGCAGCAAGCACCACCUGCCCCUGCUGCCGGCACAGCAGCGCUGUCCCCUUCCCCUGCUUCUGAGAGCGCUGCAGCUGCAAUAGGGCCGGCUGCCCCUGCGGCCGGUGCAGGCAGCACAGUGGGUGAUGGUGAGAGUGGUGGGAGCGAGGGUGCCGGAGGAGGGAGUAUGGACGGUGCAGUGGAGGCGGGAGGAGAUGGGUCGGGGGAUGGGGAGCGGAUGGCACGGCUGGUGGUGGCGGCGCAGUGCGAUGCGUUCGUGGGCAUGCAUGGGGAUGAGUGGGCUGAGCUUUUGGAUGAGAUGAGGUGCACUGGGGGUAGAAGACAGUCGCGGUUCGUGUUCAUUAAUGUUCCAUGA